UCUCUCUUUGAGGUGGGAGCCUCUCUCUUUGCCAGCAAUAUCGGAAGUGGACACUUCGUGGGCUUGGCCGGCACUGGUGCAGCCAGUGGGAUCGCGGUUGGAGGAUUUGAGUGGAACGCUCUGUUUAUUGUGCUGCUGUUAGGGUGGUUGUUUGUUCCUGUCUACCUCACUGCCGGGGUAAGUUACUUAGAGAGACUGAUGAACAUGGACAGAUUGAUGUUAAAAGAGACCAACAUUGUACUGGUUGUACUGGAGUUUACUGAGAUCAUUCUGAUUUGCACUGACCAGGUGAUCGUCCAGCGCUGCUUGGCCGCCCGGAGCCUGACCCACGUCAAAGCGGGCUGUAUCAUGUGCGGGUACCUCAAGCUGCUGCCCAUGUUCCUCAUGGUGUUCCCUGGCAUGAUCAGCCGGGUGCUGUACCCCGAUGAGGUGGCCUGUGUGGUGCCGGAGGUGUGUAAGCAGGUGUGUGGGACGGAGGUGGGCUGCUCCAACAUCGCCUAUCCCAAGCUCGUGGUGUCAGUCAUGCCCAACGAGCUGAGGCUGCUGCUGGAAGAGAUGUUAGCCGCAGGCAGAUUUCGACACUCGUCCGGCUUCGGCCACGGCUCUGUGCUGGACCAGGCGGCCGGUCAGCGGAGAAGUCACCCCUGCUCUCCCCCUCUCGCCGUCUCUCUCAGGGUCUGGGUGCUGGUCAUCGUGUCGGUCAGUAUCGCCUGGAUCCCCGUGGUCCAGGCGGCCCAGAGCGGCCAGCUCUUCGACUACAUCCAGUCCAUCACCAGCUACCUGGCGCCGCCCAUCGCCGCCGUCUUCUUCCUGGCCGUCUUCGUCAAGAGGGUCAACGAGCCGGGUGCCUUCUGGGGCCUGCUGGGGGGUCUGGGCAUGGGCCUGUGCCGCAUGGUGCCGGAGUUUGUGUUCGGGACGGGCAGCUGCCUCUUCCCCUCACACUGCCCCCCGGUGGUGUGCGGGGUGCACUACCUCUACUUCGCCGUGCUACUGUUCUUCGCUACCGCUACCCUGGUGCUCACUAUCAGUUACUGCACACAGGCCAUUCCUGACAAACAUGUGAGUCCAGACUGA